AUGGUCUUACCAAUGGCUUCGGGGUAUGGACUGGAUCUACCAAAAGAUGCUCAGCUGCAAUAUCUCGCUGAGGGAGGUGCCAACGUGGUAUACCGCAUUACCCUGCCGUUAUCCGAGGUGCCACCGUCAGAGAUUGAAUACUAUGGCGACAAUACGCCUCCUCCAACAGAGAUUAAGGAUUCUUUACAAUUCCAGCAGCGGCUUUGUGGAAACCUACUUCGUCUAAGAAAGGAUGUUCAGUUUGGUCUUCCAUAUCGGGAUACUGCCAACAACUUUAACACUUUAAUCCGGCACUUAUUUCGGCCUGAGGAUCUGGUCGAUCAGAUCCUCGUGAGAAUACCACCAGCAGUUAUCCAGCGUUGCAACGAACAGUUGCGUCUCAGCGAAAAACUAGGGAAACGACCGUCAGCUCGCCAUGGCGUCUUCCUCGCUACCAAUGAACCCUUUGGCAUGCUCAUCACGGACAUGACCAACUUUGCCGAUCCAACAGCUACUGUCGCCGAAUUGAAACCCAAAUGGCUUGUACCAUCUCCAUCUGCCCCAGUUGGUGCGAAACGAUGUCGUACGUGCGCACUACGCGAUAUGAAAAAUGCAGAUAGCAGCUGCAAAACAGUAGCAACAGCACCACCGUCGUCACUCUUAGAGCCUAAGGUGACGUUUUGUCCCCUAGACUUGAUAUCAGACAAAAUAGAAGACGUCCAAUGGGCCAUGCGAAUCUUCAAGGGCCGCUCCGAUCAGAUCCGUAUUGCCAAAGCUCUCUAUCAUCACCCAACACUGAAGAAGCUUGUCUCACUGCAACUCUCACACAACGAAGUCGGGCUUCAUGGUCCAGCGGCACAUUCAAGAGAGAUGUCCCUCGGGAUGACUCUACGAGACUGCACUGUUUACGUCAAGAUACCCCCGGGUCAGAGUCCCAUUGAAGUACGCCUCGGAGAUCUUGACCUAAAAACCGCAGCAAGCGGCAAAUCAGCUUACUGGCGGACUCUUGAAACCCGACUCAUUCAAGAAGGAUGGUAUAUGGGAGAAAACCCAAGCCAGCUGCAAAUGAAUAGCGAAUGUGCUUUGAGUUGGUCACGUAGAUAG